GUAAGUUUGAACCUUAAUACCAUCGGGCUAACAAGUACUAUCUGCCUAUCUGGUUGCUGCCACUGUGCCUUAGGCACUGAUUACUUCCAUAUAAUUCCAUAUUUUUACCACAAUGAUUUGCUGCAGCUGUGAAGAGAAGCUUACUGAUUCUUUAACAGACUGCCGUAUCUAUGUCUUCUUACUGGGUGCACGUGGACCCAGACGUAUUUCCAAAUCCAGAUGAAUUCAACCCAUCACGUUGGAUUGACUCAGUCGACAACCCAGCACAAAUGAAGCAGAUGCUCCAGUACUUCGUACCUUUCGGCAAGGGAUCUCGAUCAUGUAUCGGCAUACAGUAAGGACCUGACCGUGGGAUCAAGUAUGCUGGGGUCGUAUCUGACAUUGUUUCGACCGGGGUCUCCACAACUAUUUCUACACGAGACUGGAGAACAUGACGUUAAGCCAGUGCGGGGCUUGCUUUUUACCCUGCCUAGGGAAGGUGCCCG